GCGAAUCAACUGUUGAUCCCCCCAAGGCCGGUUCAUCCUACCACAGGGACGCAGAAAUUGCCGAGGAAACCGUAGAGUAUCCUCGACAGCCUCCUAGCCCAAGCUCUAAGAAGAGUAGAAUGGGAUAUUACGACUCAACCGGUUAGUUCAAGUGCUAGCCUGCUAUCGUUGUAGACCAAAUUGCUAACUUGCGCAGGACACCACCACUCACUCCGUGAAGGACUGCACAAAAUGGCUGACCGUGUCUUCCACCCCGAGGGCGAGCGUGUCGACAUCGUCCGCGACUCUCGUACCUCCGGCUCUAAGUCCAACGGAGCUCCUUCCAUUCCUAACACUGUUACCAUCCCCUGCCACCAUGUCCGCAUGGGUGAUAUCUUGAUCCUUCAGGGUCGCCCCUGCCAGGUCAUCCGUAUCUCGACCUCGUCGGCUACUGGCCAGCACCGUUACCUUGGUGUCGACCUCUUCACCAAGCAGCUACACGAAGAGUCUUCUUUCGUCUCCAACCCUGCUCCCAGCGUUGUUGUCCAGACCAUGCUUGGUCCCGUCUUCAAGCAAUACCGUGUCCUCGACAUCCAAGAUGGUUCCGUCGUCGCCAUGACCGAGACUGGUGAUGUCAAGACCGGUGUCCCCGUCAUUGACCAGUCCAACCUGUGGCAGCGCCUUACCCAGGCCUUCAACGCCGGCCACGGCAGUGUCCGCGUUCUAGUGCUGAACGAUGGUGGCCGUGAGCUUGUCGUUGACAUGAAGGUCAUCCACGCUUCCAGCUUGUAAAGAUAUUUUAGGGUGUGGGGAUCAACUGUGGUCAAUUUAAUGUCAUCAUAAAAGGGGAGUUUUCUUAUGCUGAUGGUUUAUGAUGGAGUCGCGGUUGAUCUCAAAAGAUUGCUUCUCAGAUCUUUCGCGCGUAAUUAUGUAUGGAUUGGAAAAAGGACGUUGCGGAUUUUGGCAUAUCAGUUGAUACAUAGUUCUGUAUAUGGAUGGUAAUACAAUGUCAAGUCUUUAACGUACAUACCUGAUUGUUGUCUUUGCUUGCUUGUGUGUAUUUCGUGCCUAUCAUGAGGGUCGCUUAUCUUUACCUAAAAGGUGUGAUGGUCAUCAAGGUGUUUGGUGUUAUGCAUCUAAUGCAAUCCUAUCUAAGGUAAGGUUCAACCGAGGUCACCGGAUUGGAACCAGUCUCCUUUGUACCAAUCAGAGUACAGGCUUCUGCUUAUCAAGCACGUAAUAUCAUAAGACGCAAUCAGAAACAGG